AUGAACACGGUUAAAAAUUCAUUUUUUUCAAAAGGUUCACCAAAAGAACAAGAUUUCGAAUUUUUGAAACACCCACACACGAGGCAGGAAUCGCAAAAUCUUUCAAAAAUCGCUUAUAAACUUAAGAACCUUGAUCCUUCCAACCUUUCACAUAAGCGUUCUGAUACACCGAUAUCUGGUUACUCAUCGUCUGAUGAUGAGUAUGGCGCUUCCGCUACCCAACCUCUUAUAUACAAUGAUGCUGUUUCAAUACAACUUCAUCAGCCAAGAAGUGAUAUGGCAACUGGUGAUAAUCUUGCUGGAAUGUCUCGAUUUCAUGAUCAUACAUAUUAUCCAAGCUUCCGUCGCUUUAUCUUGGAUAAUAAUGACCUAUCCGAAGAAGAAACUCAUCCUACUAAUAAAGUUAUUGUUAACGAUUUGACCAAAGAUCCACCAGAACAAAUUGAAACUGUUCGACGUUGCUUGAUAACUCCACCUUCUUUAGUAGGAAAAAGAAUAAGGUAUUCUGUAAUAGAAUAUGAACCCCUGUUAGAUUCUUGUAACAUGUCUAGUGAUGAUUGGAUACGUAUUGCUACCGAUAUCGAACUAAAUUACGAGUCAUACGAUGCCUUUAUAAUAUUGCAUGGAACGGAUACAAUGUCGUAUACUGCAAGUGCUCUCAGUUUUCUAUUAGAGGAUUUAGGGUAUGAAGAACCGCAAUUUUCACUGUCACUUGUAGAAAAGAAAAAUCCAAUAGUGACUCAAAACGUUCCAUUGUCUGAAGUUCGCAAUGAUGCCAUCGAAAACCUUCUGGGUGCACUUACAAUUGCUGGCCAUUAUGUCAUACCGGAAGUUAGCUUGUUUUUCAACAAUAAACUUUACCGUGGAAAUAGGUCAGUGAAGAUGAAUGCGGUUGAAUUCAAUGCAUUUGAUUCACCAAAUUUAGCUCCGUUGGCCACGGUUGGGAUAAAUAUAGAUGUAAAUUGGGCCGAGAUCGUGAAGCCAUCUUCGAUUGCAAAGUUUAAGGCACAUAAAGCUCUAAAUCGAAAUGUGAGUAGUUUACGAUUGUUUCCCGGUAUAACAGAGUCAACCGUGAAAGCAUUAUUAGCAGAGCCGAUAGAAGGAGUAAUUUUAGAGACAUAUGGAGCUGGAAACGCGCCUGAUACUCGGAAUGAUAUAAUGAGAGCCUUGGCGUCUGCUAGUGAUAGGGGUGUUGUUAUUGUAAAUUGCACACAAUGUAAAAAGGGAGUUGUAACCGAUCUAUAUGCUACCGGUAAAGCCCUUCGUAGGGUUGGUGUUGUUUCAGGGAAUGAUAUGACCCCAGAGUGCGCGCUGGUUAAACUGGCGUAUUUACUUGGUGAAUUUGAAUCCGGAAAACGUUACCCACCUAAAGUGGUACGUGAAUUAAUGACCAAAAAUCUCCGUGGAGAACUUACAGUUGUAGCUCCAAAGCCUAGAUUUACCUUUCAUAAUCGUACCCAUAAAAUUAUACAAAAUAUGAUCUUCGCUGCUGCCGAUGCAAACCAAGCGGCCGCAACAGAUACUUCACUGAUGAUGAAUGUGCAAGAAAAGGUUUUAAUGGAAAAGUCUUUAUAUCCGAUUUUGUUGUGUUCUGCUGCUGGAACAGACGAUCUGGACGGAAUGUUGUUGUUAUCGGAGAAUUAUGAAGGGAUGAUGCUAAUGUUGAAUUGUAUGGAUUAUGAUGGAAGAACUCCAUUGCACAUUGCAUGUACGGGAGGGCAUCAUCGAAUAGUGAAGUUCUUAUUGCAAAAUGGAGCAUCUGUUCACAUGAGGGAUAGAUUUGGACAUACGCCUCUGUAUGAGGCUGCACGUAAUAAACAUAAGCACGUAAUUAACACAUUACGUGAAGCAGGAGCUCAUUUCAAUGAUGCAGAGAUUGACGAUGUAGUAUUUCAAGCAUUAUCUGCUGCUGCGAAAGGCGAUGUCGAAUUGCUUAAACAUUUUGUUGAUGCCGGGAUAGAUAUAAAUCGUACCGGAUUUGAUCAUCGUACGGCCCUACAUCAUGCAGUAGCCGAAGGUUGUCUAAAUACUGUUCAAUAUCUUUUGUCCUUACCUGAUAUAAAUACAGAGACUAAAGAUAGAUGGGGAAGAAAACCAAUUGAUGAUGCUGAAAUGAAUCUUGGUAGAAUGUGGGGAAGGGAUAAUGAAACAGAAAAACAACUAAGAGAAAUCGUUAGAUCGCUGAGGGAAAAAACCGAUUAUGUGGUAGAUGAAUCUAUCGUGAGAAGAAAUACAUCAUCACAACAUGAAGAUCUUGGACCACAUCACUUAAACGGGGUGAAUGGAGUUGUGAUUGUAGUUAACGGCGAUACGGUAAACGUGUAA